AUGGCCAAGCAGAAGCUCGGCUUCAAGAUCAAGGGGAAGAACGUCUCCUACGAGGGCUACCCUGAGCGUCGCCCAAAGGACCUGAUGGACAUCCUGGUCAAAAUGGGCGUCGAUCAAGCUGUCGUGGUGACCACCUUUCGCGAAAACAUCGAGAACCACCAAGAGUACAGCGACACGCAGGUGAUGGGGAUGUACAGCGAAGCAAAAUCGGCGCGCGAGAAGAAGACUCGCGCGAAGGCCAGCAGCAGCCCCGGCCAGUCAGCUGCUGCCGCCGCCCCUCCGCAGCCGGAUACCGCCGAUGAGGCGGAGAGGCCGCAGAAGAUCUUACUGAACUACCGCGGCAAGCAACUCUCCUACACUGGUCUGCUCAGCGGCAAGCGCAACGCUGUGCUGCAACUCCUCUCCAAGCAGGAGGAGCUCACCAAGGAGCUUGCAGUGGAGACGUUCCACAUGAACCUGCCCGACGAUCCGUCCACGGAUGAGCAGAUUUGGCUCUUGGUGCAGGCAGUCAAAGAUCGCAAGAGUAGGAAGAACCAAUCGAAGGGCACGGAUACCGAAGGCUCCUCCGGCAACGGCGCGGCUGCGUCGCGCACGGCGGGCAGCAACACCAUGGACAGCAUAACCGGUAUGUCCGAGAGGGAGCGCGACGACCUGGACAACUUUAUUCUUCAGGUGCUGCAGCAGCCGGCGCCGGAUGUGGCCGAACUCUUGCGUGGAAAUCCGAAACGGCACAAAGACGUGGACGACAACACGGAGCUGGCACUGACAGCGCGCAUGUCGGGUAAGAUUCCGGUUUACCUUCAGGAAGAGAACAGCAGCAACACGAAGCUUAUCUACGCCACGGCUCACAUGAGCUUCGAAGAUUUUCAUAACAUUGUCGAGAAGAAGUUUGGCCGCAGGAUGACCAUGUCCUUCUACGACGGAGACGACAUCAUCAUGAUGGAUGAUGACGACGUGCUGACCAUGUUCCUCGAAAUGACGAUGCAGAACGACCCAAAGAAGGUCCGCCUCAUUUGCUCAAACCCUGAGCACCCAAAGAAGGUGGUGGACGACCGGUUGACGGACACCCGUCAGCAGUCCCUCGGCGGUGUGCAGGUCUCAACGACCAAGGCAUUGGCGUACUCGAGCGGCGAGCUCAACGUCAGCGAGAUCCGAAGCUACUCUGGUCACUCCCUCGCCGUCUACUGCUGCUGCUUCUCGCCCAGGGGUGACAUGUUCGUUACUGCCAGCCGUGACCGCACCGUCCGCCUGUGGAACUUGCGCACCGGUGUCUCCACCAUGAUGAAAGGGGGGCACAACGGCUUUGUGCUAUCUUGCGACUACUCGCCCAAGGGCAACCGCGUCGCUUCCUCUUCCGAUGACCGCACUAUCAAGCUGUGGAGCACGUCAUCAUGCAACAAGGUUGCCACACUCAAAGGGCACGAGGACAAGGUGUACUGCGUCAAGUACAACGCUACCGGAGAACUCCUUGUGUCCGCCUCCUGCGAUACAACAGUGCGCGUGUGGAACGCCGAAAGUCAGGCGAAGCUGAUGACGCUGAGGGGUCACUCCCUCGCCGUUUUUUCGUGCGCCUUCAGCAACACUGAUAGUGGCAAGUUCGUCGUGUCCGGCAGCGAUGACCGCGUUAUAAAGCUGUGGGACUGGGGCGCCAACAGAGAGAUCAUGUCGCUGGUGGGCCACAUCGGCACCGUCUGGACGGUUGUCUUCUCCCACAACGACAGGUACGUUCUCAGCGGCAGCAUGGACUAUGAACUCAUUCUCUGGGAUUCAAUCUCUGGCACGCGCCUGCGCUCGAUGGACGGGCACAAGGCAUCGGUGCACCACGCCAUCUUCUCUGAAGACGAUGCAUACAUCUUCUCCUGCGCCCGCGACUGGAGUGUCAUGGUGUGGCGCACCACAGAUGGCGAGCACAUAGAGACCAUCAUCGGCCACCUCAGCACUGUCUACCACAUGGACAUCAGGGAGGACAAGCUGCUCACCUCCUCUCUUGAUGACAAGAUCAAGCUGUGGAGUAUCAGGCACCGCUGA